AGACAGAGUUAUCUCGACGUCACAAACUCACUAUACACCGCGGGAAUCAAUUAAGUAAAUUAAUUAAUAGCCUCAACUUCAAGGGAAAAGAUCGCUGAGUAAAUACAACAGAGAAGGUGAAUCCAAAUAAUUUUUUUGUCGAAUUAAGAUUAACUUUUAGUCUUCAAAUUUUAUUUAUUAUAUAUUUUAAAUAUGACUAUUAUUUAACGAACAGUAAAUCAGCAGGCAGUAUGAGGUAAGUAAAAUCGCACAUUAGCGUCGUAAAUUCAACUGACAACGGUAGCCCAUUCAACCCUCCUAACGACAGCUUCGCCUACUAAAGACUACAUACUACAGCCUAUCCUACCUACUUGUGUAGACUACAUAAUGAUACUAGAUAAGUAAUUCGUGGAGUCUCAGCCUACAACUACAGACUACAGUCUACACUCUAGCUAUGAAGACCCCUUUAACUUUACUUUGUUAGGCAUGUUCCUGUUAAAAUUUUAUUUAAAAUUUUCUCAUUUAAGUCUAUUACUCUAUUGGUUGGGAUUAUACUCAGUGUUCCCAUGCAGUCGGGAAAACUGGAAACAGCACCAUUUCGCUCUUUCUAUGCCGCCGAAAACCCAUUCAGUGACGCUCUCUCCACUGUCGGACGUCAAUAAAGAAUAACCGUUUAAAUAAUAAUACUAAUAAUAAUAGCACUUCACACCAGAACACAAUUUUUGAAUAACAGACGCUGAAGUGGUAGAUGAUGAUUGCGUACUUUUAUAGUGCUUUUAAUUUGUGUCCAUGCUAUUUUAGCAUGCUCAUAAUAGCGCUCCGAGGCCCUAAAAUCUACUUAAAGAAAAAAAUCUUUAAAUGGUUCUUAAAUGACUUUUUAUCAUUUUCAAUUUCCCUCAAAGAUUGAGGCAAACUGUUCCACAAGUUAGGCGCAAUAGCUUCAAACUGUUACAGUAAUCUAAUCUUGAUUAGAUUAGAGUGACUGCUAUGGCACUGGCUAUUCUCUUGCUAAGUUGAGGAUGCAGCUGACCCAGAGUUCGAAUAUGACAGAAACAAGCCCUGACCACAGAACUGAUAUGAGGGAUCAGAGCACCAACUUAUCGAUGCGAUAGCAACCUUCUGAAUGUUGGCAUCAGAACCACAUAUAAUAGCCUCCAUCUUAUCAUCAUUUAAUUUAAGUCUGUUUGAUGCAAUCCAUGAUUUCACCACAAGACAGCAGUCCUUGACAACUUGCAUAACAGCAGCACAGUUCAAAGGUUCAGGGCGGAAACACUUGUACAGUUCUGUGUCAUUCGCAAAUAAUUUGCGGGAUAUACCACUACUUUCAAUAAUUCUGCCAAGAUGUGGGUAUGCUUUUAGCCUCACUUUAGCUUUUAGUCUAGUUUCACUACCGGAAUGUUUAUAAUUUCAAACAAACUAAAGGAAAAUAAUAUUUUUAUAAGUUCAAGAAAAUAUUGAAAUCAAGCUUGACAUUCAAAUUCCAAUUAGUGAUGUAUAAAGAACAUUUUGCUAGAACAACCCCCUGCCCAUGAGUGAGCUAACUCGUGUAAAAUUUUAAUUACACUUAUACAAUUUACUUCAUUGGUCUUGAUCAAACACGGCAUUGAGAUCAGGCAAUGAUAAAUUAUAUAACCAUAACUAUUUAUACCGUGGUAGAAUAAAGAACAAGUUUUUCUAGAUCAUCACACUAUAAUGAAAGCUGGCAAAUCUAACCUACCUGGUUGCCAUAGUACAAGAUACCACAGCAUCUUAGCAGCUGGAUUGAGGAUACUUCCUGAGGCUGGAUUCUGAAGACUCCGCCCAGUGCUAAACAUCCGUAAGAUAAAACCGUUAGCCUGCAUCAAAUAGGAGUGCAUGUUGCAUGGACUCUACACCCACGACACACCGCUGGGAAGUCCUCAGCCUACAAUGUUCAGCUGGAAAGGCUAUUUUAUCCACAAUGUACUUCCCUCCCUGAGAAGCCACAGUGGAGGAAUCACGUCUAACUUUGAAGUGACCUUGUAUAUUGAUACAUGAAGCAAGAUCAUCAAUAAUUUUAUACCAGGUAUUGAUAAGUGUAAAUGGUCUGAUCAUAUCAAUUUAUCACAAAGCAUUAAUGUUAGGUAUUACGAGAGGCCAUAGUCCUUAGACCCUAGAUUUUAAACUAUAUGCAAAGGGAGAUCUAAGCCAUUAUUAUAUGCUAUGAAUUUUCAUAUCCUUAAACUUUUAUAACUUAUAAAGUGCUGUAAAUUGAAUUUAAAUAAAUUCAUUUCAUUUUAUGAAAUUGGUUAUGAACUUCUUUUUAUUUACAUAUAAGUGAAUAUGAUUGAAAUUAUAUCCCUGUGUGUGAAUUGAAUCAAACGUAAAACUCCUAGACAUGAGUAGGUGAUAACUCAUGCGAGUCAUCCACCUUCAUUGAAUAAUUGAAGUCAUUUCUCCACAAUUACUAACAACUAGUUUUUUAAAAUAUUUUUUUAAAAGAUAAAACAGUGCAGCUACUGUCAAUUUGAUCAGAUGUGCCAGUAUUGUCAAUUUGGUCGGGGAGGGAGCAGAAAUUGAGAGCACUGAAUGCUCCUGGACGAAACUGGACAUCUUAGAGAUGUGGCUUGGGGAGGCUUGAAGAGGCUGAGUGAGCCCCUCCCCAGAUCAAAUAAUUCAAAAUGCAGGGGUGCGUUGUGGCACAUACCUUCAUUAAUCUGAGGGAAGUUGUUGAAGUAUAUAUUCAGUAACUUAAACUUUAUUUGCAAAUACAAACUGCUAAAACAUUCUUUAGAUAUAUUUCUAAUCGAUGAACAUAUGGCGCCUAUGUAAAACUCUUUGAUUUACUUAAACCCUACCUUCCUAAACCUGGAUUAUUAUUUUUUAAAUUGACAAUUUUCUCUAAAACUAACAUUGGUACCAACAAAAUUAAUAAUUUGAAAAUAAAAAAUCUAUGGAAACCUGCUUCCCACUGCACGUUAAAAGCCAAAUAAAUUCCCUAAAGAUCUUUCAAUAUUUACCAAUAUGAGCAACUUUGUGCCAUAAUCAUCAUAAGAAAUGUGUUCCAGAAUCACCCGGAAAGCUAAUUGCAAAAGUUUCUUCUUCCUUUAAAAGUCAACAACUUUUCAAGUCUAUAGUCUAAGUUAGUUGAAAAAUUGCAUUUACUAGGAAAUUUAAUAAAUGUUGAUAUCUAUACAUCUUUAUUGGUUAAUUUUGUUAAUCAAUGUUGUAUUUCAAUAUUGCAGAUCUGGUUACUCUUAACAUUUUAACCUACAAUUUAGGAUUUUGAGUUAUCUUUUAUGAUUGUAUGCAGAGACCUGUCAGAACUACGAUUUUAAGAGACUGGGAAUAUAUUCUGGAAGCUUUACAACAGUGGUUCUUAACCUUUUUGGAGGUACCGAACCCCACUAGUUUCAUAUGCGCAUUCACCGAACCCAUCUUAAUAUGAAAUAUGAUUUUUUUUUUUGGACCCCCGCCGAACCCCUGAGACUGACUCACCGAACCCCUGGGGUUCGAUCGAACCCAGGUUAAGAACCACUGUUUUACAAUUAAAUUUUGUGACAUAAAAGUUUUGAUCUUUGGCUGAACGGCGGCGAUUGCGAGAGCGGAGAAAACUACAGAUUUUUUAAUAAUGCAUUCUCAACUCCUCCACACAGCAUCACUAGAUUUGGACAUACUUUGUACUUAAGCUACAUUUGAAAUCUGUUUUGACCAAAAUUUAAAAGAUUGAUAUGGAAUCAAUUGAAAUUAAUGUUGAAGGUGUUACUAGGUCUCCUUUACUUAUAGAUUGGUUCCAUAAAAUCAGAUGGCAUUAUUAGACUGGAUGCUUUAAUGCAGGGUUUUUUAUUUUAUACAAUUUUACCUUUUUACGACAGCUUACAUUUUUUGUGUAUUUAUGUUUAAUGUACAAAAAUUAGGUUAUUGCUUUUGGAUGAAUAUUAAAAUGGAAUGCAAUAUUAAGAUAUAUUCAAAAUAAUGGACAGAUAAUUUAAUAACUGUAUAGGUUAUAACUUUGCGUUAAAUAGUUUUAACCAAUUUUUAACACUGUUUUGUACAAUAAUACACAUAGACAAAUAUCAACCCAACUGAUGUUAAGUUAUGAGUAGUGUUUCAAGUCUGUAAACUAAUUUGUCCUAUUCCCAUAAGUAAAUGCCAGACAUUUUUUUCUCCAGAGGAAUCGAUCAAAUUGCUUUGUGGUAUUUAUAAUAGAGAUGCCUAAGUCAAAAGAAUAUUUGAGCUCUUCUGAUUCUGAAGAGAGUGGUGAUUCCGAUGAGGUUAGUAAGCUUCAGAAAAAAUAUUAUUUAAUUUAGUUGUAAAAUGUUUACAAAAUUUUAUGUGAUGCCUUAACUCCCCAAUUAAUUAACCUCGCUACAUUGGAUGAUGCUGAUUAAUCCGCUGCCUGUCAUUAUAUAGGCCUAUUUUCCUUUGCAAUGCCUGUUGUAAUAAAACAAAAUGUAAGUAAUUUUUUUUACAUCAGUUCAUCGGUUUGCAACCCAUGGAUCCUGACAGAACUGGUGUUUUUUUAAUCAGUAUUAAAGUUUUAAUAUUAUUAUUAUACUGCCAUUUGCACUUCUGUGAGACAUGCAUGUCAACCUGCAGGGAAAAAACUGUACGAAAAGUCCCCCAAAAAACUACAACAGCAUGAAAAACUGACCUACAUUUUGACCUACGAAUAAUUUUAGUAUUUUCAGAUCUGUUUACCCUCAAACUCUUAAAAUCGUACAAUAUCAUCACAAAAUCGUUCAAUGAACUAUCUUAAUAUUAAAAAUACAACGUACAGUAUAUAUAAUGUAUACACCUCAAAAUCGUACAUUUUACGCCAAAAUUGUAAAAGUAAACAAGUCUGUAUUUUGAGUGUUGUAUUGAGUGCAUUUUCAACAAUUCUUCAUUUGAAAACCAAAAAAAUAAAAUUAGAUCUAAAUGCAAGAGGUUAGCCUCAACAAAAGCUCAACCAUCAAUUUUGAAGCUUGUGUAUUAUGGCCUACAAUUUCAAUAAUCACAUUUAAUAUGUUCUUUGUUAAAUUAUGAUGAUUUAUAUUCAACUGGGGAAUCUAUUUUCUUUUACCCCAUUAAAAAGUCUUGUUUAAAUGUAUUGGGGUCGCAGCUCACUUUGCUUCUAUAUAAUUGGGUCCAAAAGGGUUGGAAACUUGUGUACUAGUUCAUAAUGAUCAGUUAAACACAAUUUUAGAGCUAGGGUAAAUAAGUAUUAUUACAAUAACCAAAUCAUAAAACAGAAGCAAGAUUGCUCCUCUAAUUACCCAAAAAUUAUAAUCUUGUCAGUACAUCAAAGCAGAACUGUUUACUCUUUUGAUUUUGGCGUACAAUGUACAAUUUUGAGAUGUAUAUGUUACCGGGAAUGUGUGAAAUGCAGGCAUUGUAUAGAAUGCCUAGGCAUUAUAUAGAAUGCCUGGCGGUUUUAGGCAAAGUAUGAAAUAUUUUAUUUUCGUGAUUAAGUCACAUACUUCGCCUAGGAAUUUUAUACAUUGCCUAGGUAUUAUAUAUAAUGACAGAUAUACUUCAGGCAAAGUUUCAAAAGAGCUUAAAGAAAUUUUUUUUAAUUGGAAAAACACAUUUGAAUACAAAAGAUAACAAUAAAACUGGAAAGCAAAGGUGUCAUCGAGUAGCAAGUUGUUGCAGCAAGUAAGGCUGAAGUGGCAUUUUGAAUUGCACUUAAUUUUCUUUUUCAAACAAAGAUUCUUCAUGUUUUGGCCCCUGGUCUUGCACAUACACCUCACGUAGCCUUGACCGCUUCCUGUUGACUGAGAGAUAGCAGCAGAUCGGAGAGGUAUUUCAUGGGCCGGGAUGUCUUCAACUCUCAAUAAAUCUUUUGGACAUACAGCGAACUGUGAUCUCGAAUACAAUUGUUUCAAGAUUGCUUGUGCAGUUCCAAGUCGAUAAAAGCCGUCCUCUGUCUCUGUCAUAACAACUGCCAACAGAUUGCGCGAGUCAUUCCGUCCCUUGUCAACGUCAGGAAUAGGAACUUGCACAGUGGCUCCUAAAGGUGCAGGCGGGAACUUUUUGUCAGAGUUUAUUUUCAUUUUUUUGGCCUGGAUUUCAAGGUUCGAUUUAGAUUCUUUUCUAGCCUCUAUAGCUCUCUUUAUCUUGAAACACAAGCUGCACAAAAUACCGCCAUAACCUCGUCUCCAUCGUCUUUAGCAGCAUGGCCACAGAUAAGAUGAACAUUACGGUGACAGUUUCUGCAUGUAUGGGCACCGCUGCUUUCUUUUAAGCAGACACAACAAACACCAGAAGUGGAAGGCUCUUCGGUAACCAUGACGUCUCAAUCAGUUUGGUUUCCUCCAUUACUGGUUGCAUUCUCUUCAGUAUUCUGUAUAGCAGGCUCUGUAUCUUGCAUCUGACGAUUUGCUUCUUCCUGCUGUGUUGUUUUUAAUCUUUCUAUUAUUUUUUUUAGUUCUUCCUCAGUCUGUAUGUUUUGCAAAACGUCAAGGGGUAUGGAAGACGUUGCAAGGCCCACUUUAGCUUUGCAGCCAAACAGAGCUUCAUAAGGCGUUCUCUUGAUCCCAGAAUGAAAGGCCCUGUUCUUCAUAAGUUGGAUGAAUCGUAAUCCCUCAGCCCAGUGAUCAGUUUUUUCAUCUUGCAUCCAAGCACAUAGCAUGUUUUCGAUGUAUUGAUUAGCUCUUUCAACACUUCCCUGGCUUUGUGAGUGGCGCGGUUUACCAUGGACGAUCUUCAACUUGGGCCAGUACUCCUUUAGGCUGUUCACCACAUUGUUGGUAAAUUCCUGGCCAUUAUCUGACUGUAGAAUUGAUGGAGCUCCAAGCAACGUAAAUAUUUCCACUAGUGUGUAGGCUACCUCUUCCGCCCUCUUGGAUGUUAAAGCCCUCAGAACCACAAACUUUGUGAGAUGCUCUUGGUACAACAUUAUAAAUUUAUAUUCCCUGUCAGGAUGGGAUUGAAAAUCGAUAAGAUCGACCUGACCACGGGAGUUGAAUUCAGAAUAAAUCAUAGGCUUCACCACAACACCCUUUGUGACACCUUUUUGUUUCUUCUGGCACGGCUCACAAAGGUGGAGGUAAAGUUCAAUAUCAUUACCUGUAAUGUUCUUAUACUUGUGUGAAAGUUCCUUCAACAUUCUGUCCCUUCCUCCAUGUCCCACGGUCAAAUGAGCCUCGUGAAGUAUGUCAAAUAAUUCUGAAUCCGUGACAUAGAACUGAAUAGCACUGUCGCCUUCUUUAACAGGAUAGAUCAACUUACUUUAGUUCUCUACCGCCAUUACAUCAUAGCGUUUCAGCAGCCAAUAGUGUCGUGAUUUCUUCUGAGUUGUCAUCCGAGCCAUUUUCAAAUCAUCCACCAAUUUUUGGUAACUAGUUUCCGUUAAAGAAACGCAGUUUUUAGCAGUAUUGGCUCGCAAUUGAGAAAGUUCAUCGUAGAACCGCCGUUGCAUGUAAACAUACUGUGAUUCCUAAUCUGAAGCUACAAUCUGAUCUUCCAACAUCUCGGCAGCCAUCUUGAAACAAUAGGGGUAGCGUCUUUGGCGGGAGUACGAAGCACGUGUGUCGCAAUCGCCACGCCACCACCAAGCAAAGAAUCAAACAUGAAUGGCGGGGUAUUCUAUACAUUGCCGGGUCGCUCUUAGGCAUUAUAUAGAAUGCCUAGGAAAUGUGUGAAAUAUAAACCAUUUCAUACUUUGCCUACAAUUUUCAGGCAUUCUAUAGAAUACCUAGGCAUUCUAUAGAAUACCUAGGCAUUCUAUAUAAUGCCGGAUUUCACACAUUGCCGGUAACAUAUACAUUAUAUAUACUGUAUGUUUAUUUUUUACUAUUAAGAUAAUGUAUUGAACGAUUUUGUGAUGAUAUUGUAUACUUUUAAGAGCUUGAGGGUAAACAGGUCUGUCAAAGGCUGACAUAAUCUAAAUGUAAAAAAAAAUGUUGAUGGGGGGAAAGGGGGGGGGGGGCAGCUCUCAGAAAUUUGCUUUUGUACACUUGUUCAUGUGUACACAUAAAUAAUCUUUUAUAAAAAUUUGUUAAAUUAGGAUUUAAGUGAAAUGGGGAGGGUUAAGAGUGCCUUAAAUUGAAAAAGUGAUCUUUUUGCAAAAGGCACCAUGACAUCUAAAAUGGCCCUAAAGGAAGCUGCCAUGCACCCCUAGUUGCAGUUUAUAAUGACACCUUGUUUUUCUUCCUUCCAAUCUUGACCCUUGGAAUACACAGUUAACUCAAUUUAAAAUCACAGCAAACCCCUCACACAAAUAAUGUUUCAAAAAAUUGUUAUUGUAAACAAUCUACUAAGCCUGGGGAAAUAAAGAUGUACCGUACCCUUCUCCAAUGAUUUUAAUUGUUUUGAAGUGACCAAUCAAAAUCAUCAGAAGAGUUGGUUACGAGAUUUCAACAGCUCUUUAUACGUGCGUGAUGUUGUUAGCAUCCGUAUGUCAUAGAUUGUUAGCAUCCGUAUGUCAUAGAUUGUUAGCAUCCGUAUGUCAUACAUAUACUGUUAGCAUCACUGUGUCAUAGAGUAAACACUGACCAAAACACAGAAAGUAGAGAGGGGAAUAUAUUAUCAGCAUGUAAUCGCCUCUCAUUUACUUUAUGAAAGAGGUUUAAAUUAGUCCCCUUACUUGCAACACUUGCAUAGAGAUAAAAAUAAAGAGCAACACAUCAUAUACCAGUCAAAGUUGUGUAAGGGCCAUAGAGAUUUUAAAAAAAUCAAAUAUUAACACCCCUCUCACUGUUGCACUGAUACCUUUUUGGACACCCCUUACCCUCUGCAAAAGUACAAAUGAGCUUUCAACCCCCUAUCCCAAAUAAAUAACAACAACCCAAUUUAUUUAUAAACAAUUAUGAAGUCACAGUAAUAGUAAUACAUGUAAAAAUUGUGUCUUCAUUGCUGUCUGUUUUGUAUAGUCCUGUUCUACCAAAAAUUAAUUGGAAAUUCUAGACUGUCAGUUAAAUGGGCUAUUAAUGGAUUGUCAGAAUUUUAGGAUAAUUAUUGCACAAUUUGUGCAUAAAUGUGCAUAAUAUUUGCUGAGCCCCCUCUGUCAUACGCACUCGUGCACAAAAUCUCCAAAAUAAAGCAAACACAUACCACCACCACCCUCCUCAAUUUGUAGGCAAUAUAAGGAUUAAUUCAUUAUGGAUAUUAGUGAAAUUUGCAUUUUUUUUUAAAAAUCUUAUAUUUAUAAAUACACAUCUUUUUUUUUUUUUAAUUUAAAGCCAAAACAAAAGAAGAAAAAGCCAGAAGCCAAACCAGAGAAAAAAGAGGCCAAGCCAGAAAAAAAAGAUUCAAAAACAGAUGAGAAAAAAGCUGGUCCAACUAAAAAUUCCAACGGUGAAAGCAUGUUUCAGGUACAAUGUAAAGUUCUGUCAAAUUCAUAACCUUGGUUUCUGAAAUAAGAUGUAGGUAAACCAGAUGUUAUCAGUUUUGAAAAUGAUCAUCAGUGGUUGAAUGUUUUUUUAAAUAAUACAACUGAAUUUUUUUUUUCUAAUUGAAAGCAUACAAAUACAAAUUUAAGUACAAUUACAAUUCAGAAAAGAAUGAUGGAAAUAUUUAAAUAAAUUUAGUUGCUCAUUAAAAUUGAAAUUAUUGAGUUACAAAAUAUUUCUGGUCUACCCUGUCAUGAAAGUUCAUAAUAUAUUUCUAGGAUUCUUACAACUGGAAUCCAUUGGAGAAUAGAGUUAAAAGUUUGUCUAUUUUUAUAAAGAUUUAUGAGACAUAGCUAAAGAAGUCAUCAUCACAUCUGCCCGCUAAAGGAUUAUUGGAGUACCUACUAUUAACGCUACUUAGAGCAGACAAUUGUUCUCAAAUCAGAUUUAUAAAACCAAAAAUUGGUUUGCCCAAAUAAACCUAAUGAAAUAGGAUAUCUUCUCCAGCCUUGACCACACAAUUUCACAUUUGUCUAUUAAGUUUUACUUUUGUAUGAACAAUUUUUUGCAUUUUAACAUUAUUUUAUUUAGAGAACCAAAAAAAAAAAAGAUAAAAAAAUAAAUAAAAAUAUAUUACUAAUUUCAUUAUCAUUUUGCAGUGUCAUGUUUAAAAAAAGCCUUUAGUUUUUAAAGCAUUCAUUAAUUUUCUCUAGAUUGGCAAAAUGCGGUAUGCAACUGUAAGUGAAUUCAGAGGGAAAGCAAUGGUUAGCAUUCGAGAAUAUUAUGAAAAGGAUGGAGAUCUCAGACCAGGGAAAAAAGGUAAUAAUGGAAAUACAUGAUGGAAAUGUUAUGAAUUACCAAAUGUGCAAACGAAAAUAGGUGAUUACUGUGAUUACUGUUGGGUGGAAGGAACUAAAUGUCACUACACUUACAAUUGUGGAGAGCUUUUAAAUUUGUUUAACUAAAUCAGAAAUGUGAAUAUAAUACAAAAUUUAAGUUAUUCUACAUACAGGUUCUAUUUAAAACAAUAUGAGCAUGUUAAAAUGUUCAAGUUUAAUUAGAGUUACACAUUUUUUAAAAGCGAAAUAAAGUUGUGCAAACUAUAUUUUUAAUUUGUUUUCCCCCUCCUCCCCUAUUGAAUUGCCGGUCUAACAAUUGAUGCAUAUGUGUCUGUUAUUGAAAAUGAUAAAGCUGUGGGAUCAAAUGGGUCAGGAUUUAUAUUAAAGAACAAAUUAAUCAUGAUGAAAUUUGAAAGUAAAAUGCUGAAUUAAAAUUGCUAAUAUUUGGUUAAUUUUCAUCUUAAAUCAACUACUUUUUCAGAAAUGUCAAAAAACAACUAAUCUGACUUGUUUCAUGUUAAAGUGGGAAUUAUUAUCCAUUAUCACAUUGUUAUGCAAUAAUAUCAUCAUCUUCCUUUAGUUUAUUUUAAUAUCUCCAGCUCAUGCCUAACAAGUGAAAACUUUGCACCUCUGGUAAUAUUGAAGCCACUUUUUAAAAAUUGUAUGUAUUCUCUAUUCAUUGUAGGUAUUAGCUUAUCGGUGGAGCAGUGGGAUGCUCUCAAAGACAAGGUAUCAGAAAUUGAUGAGUGCUUGAGCAAGUUAUAAACAAAAUAGAAUGUUGAGCUUUUUUCUUAAUAAGCUUUUGAACAUUUAGUGUUGAAUGUUGUUUUUCCUGUUGGUAAUUUCAUUUUUAAUGCUGUAUUUUUUUUUUAAUGUACAAUUUUGCAGUAAAGUUGAAUGAAUGUCAAGUUCAUUUAAAUUUAAGUAGUCAGGACUCUUCAUUAAUGCAUUAGAGAUACUAUAAACUUAAGCUCUUAUUAGUGUACAGUAUUUAACAUGUAGCUUGUUCAUGUUAAACUUUGUUAAAAAGAUCAUUAGGUAAAUCUAUAUUUCAAAAUUCAUUUUGUAUAAAUAUCUCACCUCACAUUGUUUUCUAGUAAUAUUGUUUUGAAUAAAUCAAGUUAAUGGUAAUCAG